UCUUUCUCUCUUCCACUCGUCGCUCCCACUCCGUUCCCUCGCUCAAUGCUCGCGCAUCGCCAAGCCACGGUCGGCGGCGCCCUGCUCGCCCGCGUCCAUCAUUGCGGUGCUGUCGUUGCUGCUGCUGCGGUGGCGGCGGUCUCGACCUCGACGCUCACCACCGUCCAAGCACGGCUGCCAUUCGCCACACGCACGCUCUCUGCUGCUGCUGCUGCUGCGCACUCGGCGACCCGGGCGUCCGCAUCCACCGCCCAGCCUCAGCAGCACGUCCGUCGUGGCACAUACACCCCAUCCGCGCUCGCUGCACACUCGUGCUGUGUCGCGUCCGUCUGCGCAGUCCAUGGGAAGCCCCUGCAGCAGCUGCAUCACGCCAGCAGCAGUCGCGCGUUUACAUCUAUGGCUGCGUCCUCGCGUGCGCCGGCUCCCAUGCGCGUCAAGCUGCCUGCGUUGUCACCCACAAUGACUGAGGGCACUGUGCUCAAGUGGUCCAAGAAAGAGGGCGACAAGGUCGCUGCGGGCGAAGUGCUGUUCGAACUCGAGACCGACAAGGCCACCAUCGAUGUCGAGUCGAGCGAAGACGGCGUCCUAGCCAAGAUUCUGCACACAAAGGCGUCCGGCCCACUGGCGGUCGGCACACUUGUCGCCUUGAUUGUUGACGAAGGCGUCGACAUUGCCACCGUCAAAGUGCCCGCAGCAGAUACCCCGGCACCCGCCACCCCUGCCGCCGCUGCACCGAAGGCGUCGCCCGCCCCACCAACAGCAGCAUCAGCCGCAGCACCUGUAACUCCAGGCCCGGCGAAGGCGCCUGCACCUGCUGCAGUUGCACCAGGCUCGCGAGGCCCUGCGUCGAAUGUGCUCUAUCCCUCGGUGUAUCAACUUGUGCACAAGCACCAUCUUGAUGUUGCCCAGCUGAGCGGCACCGGCCCGAAGGGUCGUGUCACGAAAGGCGACAUUCUUGCCUACUUGGCUUCCCCUGGCGCCGCCCGCUCACCUGCAUCAGCCUCAUCUGGAUCUGCUGCAGCAAGCUCGAGUCGCCCUGUUUCCGCAUCUCCUUCGCCGCAAUCGGCACGCAGCUGGGUUGAUGUGCCAACGACUCAAGUUCGACGUGUUAUUGCUUCGCGUCUGUCCGAGUCCAAGACGACCAUUCCGCACUCGUAUCUUUCGGUCGACUGCGACUUGUCAUCCGUCAUCAAGGCGCGAUCUGCGCUGAAAAAGCGUGAUGCCACCACCAAGAUUUCGGUCAACGAUUACGUGGUCUUGGCUGCCGCUCGAGCUCUGCGCUCCGUGCCAGCAAUGAACGUUCAAUGGGACGCCAAGUCGCAGUCGGCCACGCCACUCGCCAGCGUUGACGUCGCGUUUGCUGUCGCGACCGAGAAUGGACUAAUCACACCAAUCGUGAAGCGUGCAGACAAUUUGGAUCUUCCUGAAUUGGCGGCUGGUAUUCGGGACCUCUCAUCGCGCGCCCGCAUCAACAAGCUAAAGCUCGACGAGUUCCAAGGCGGCUCGUUCACCAUCUCUAACUUGGGCAUGUUUGGCAUUGAUCGCUUCUCCGCUGUCAUCAAUCCGCCGCAGUGCGCCAUUCUGGCUGUGGGCCAAACUCGCACUGACAUCAAGUGGCCUGCCUUCGAGCAGGAUUCCGACCCGACGGCUAGUGCCGGGUCCCCGCGUGCAGGGCAUUUCAUGAACGUGACGCUUUCCUUUGACGAGCGCGCUGUCUCGAUCGAAACUGCCUCGCGAUGGCUUGAUCGGUUCCGCGAGAAUUUGACCUACUUUCAAUGAAUGAUGUCAGCCGCUCCCCCCUGUCAUGUGUUCUUUGACUGUGGUCGAACAAUCUUUUGAUGUGACGUUCCCCCUUUUGGAUUUUAAAAUGAGCAAGGAUUGCAGGAUUCCAUAUAUGAUAUAGUACAUCAACGAGCAAGCGAUAAAACUGAACAAAGACAAACAAUAAACAAGUGGCC